CGCGCCAUCUACGAGCCAAGUGCAGCUAACUUCAGAGCAGAGAGCCGGACUUUUCGACUUUCGCAUCUAGAUAACAUUUCUAGUUCGUGUUCUUUUUUCUUUUCACGUCAAGCACAAUGGGUAUUUCCCGUGAUCACUGGCAUAAAAGGCGUGCAACCGGUGGCAAAAGGAAGCCACUCAGAAAGAAGAGGAAGUUCGAGUUGGGACGUCCUGCAGCCAAUACAAAACUUGGUCCUCAACGUAUUCACACCGUUCGUACACGCGGUGGCAACAAGAAAUACAGAGCACUUCGUCUCGACACAGGAAACUUUGCCUGGGGUUCGGAGGGUCGUGCACGUAAAACACGUAUCAUUGAUGUUGUAUACAAUGCAUCUAAUAACGAAUUGGUGAGAACCAAAACUCUCGUUAAAAAUGCAAUUGUCACCAUUGACGCCACACCAUUCAGACAAUGGUACGAGGCUCAUUAUGCCCUUCCUCUUGGACGCAAACGGGGCGCAAAAUUGACCGAAGCUGAAGAGGAAAUUUUGAAUAAGAAGAGGUCGAAGAAAUGCGAAGCUAAAUACAAGUCGAGGCAAAAGUUCGCAAAAGUUGAACAGGCACUUGAGGAUCAAUUCGCCACCGGAAGAGUUCUCGCUUGCGUUGCCAGUCGACCCGGACAAUGCGGAAGAGCUGACGGUUAUAUUUUGGAAGGCAAAGAACUCGAAUUCUACAUGAGAAAGAUUAAGAGCAAAAAAGCGAAGUAGAUUUGUAUACUUCAAAGGUGAAUAAAUUUAAAUUUAAAGAAA